AUGGGAAGAAGAAACGGUGGAGGUAGAUCAUUGCAGCAAACCCUCCGCCGCCGUCUUGACACCUGCAAGUCCAAAUACUCCACCGCCGAAGAAAUAGCAAACCAUCUGCGCUCAACUUACCCCGAUUACCACCGAACUAAACACCAAACCCUGAUUCGAUUUGUUCAGGAAGCGCUUCAUUCCACCAACAAGCUUAAUCACAGUCCCACGCCCAAGCAUUCCGAUGACGAUGUCGACGAUGGAGAAUCCCGAAGCGCAUCUCGAAAGCGUCGGAAGAAAAUCGACGAGGGUGAAGAGAGGUUGCAAAAGAUGGAAGCCUUACACGUGCGAAGUAGGGUGCAGAGUCCUUCGUCAUCGUCCUCUGUUUCGGAGAGUGAUGAUGAGGAAACUGUGUCGACGUCGGAGGACGCUAUUUACGGGGAGAAGGUGGAACCUGAAUUUGAUUUGAUGAAGACAUUGCUAAGGAGGUCGUAUGCGCCAAAGAGGUUGGUGGAGGAGGAAAAAAACGUUGAAUUGGAGGUGGAUAAUAAGGGCACUGCUACCAAUACUCUUGUGAAUGAGGAGAUAGGGAACAGCAGUAAGGUCACUCUUGUGAAUGAGGAGAAGAAGGAAUCUGGUCGUUCCAAUGGUGAGGUGAAGAGGAAGGAUGGACCGACGUUUAAGGAUUUGGGUGGGAUGAAAGAGGUUUUGGAAGAAUUAAAGAUGGAAGUGAUCGUACCUCUGUUUCAUCCCCAGUUGCCUAGACAGUUAGGAGUGAGACCAAUUACUGGCAUUUUGUUGCAUGGACCACCUGGCUGUGGAAAGACCAAACUUGCUCAUGCUAUAGCCAAUGAGACUGGUCUUCCUUUUUACCAAAUUUCAGCCACGGAAGUUGUUUCUGGAGUCUCAGGUGCAUCUGAAGAAAAUAUUAGAGAUCUUUUCGCUAAAGCAUAUAGAACUGCACCUUCAAUAGUCUUUAUUGAUGAAAUUGAUGCAAUUGCUUCUAAGAGAGAAAAUUUGCAGCGAGAGAUGGAGAAACGUAUUGUCACACAAUUAAUGACUUGCAUGGAUCAAUCAAAUAGGCUUGAUGAUUGUGGUCCCAGUUAUGUUCUUGUGAUUGGUGCUACAAAUAGGCCUGAUGCGGUUGACUCUGCCUUGCGAAGGCCGGGUCGGUUUGAUAGGGAAAUUAUCAUUAAAAAUCCUGAUGAAUCUGCUAGGGAGGAGAUUCUGUCUGUACUUAUUUCCAAUCUUAGAUUUAAAGGCUUAUUUGAUCUACACAAAAUAGCCAGAGCAACCCCAGGAUUUGUUGGUGCUGAUUUAGCAGCUCUAGUUAACAAGGCUGGUAAUCUAGCAAUGAAGAGAAUAAUCGAUGAAAGGAGACAUGAAUUAUGUGAAGAUCUUGAGUAUGCUGAAGACUGGUGGAGAAAACCUUGGUCGGCUGAAGAAAUAGAGAACCUUACCAUCAAAAUGUCUGAUUUUGAGGGACUUGGAGUUGAUCUCGAGACCGGAUUUUUGCUUUAUGGACCUCCUGGUUGUGGUAAAACACUAAUAGCUAAAGCUGUUGCUAAUGAGGCAGGGGCUAAUUUUAUCCAUAUUAAGGGUCCUGAACUUUUAAAUAAAUACGUUGGAGAGAGUGAACUUGCAGUUCGAUCAUUGUUUACCCGUGCAAGGACAUGUGCACCUUGUAUACUUUUUUUCGAUGAGAUCGAUGCUUUGACAACAAAUCGUGGUAAGGAAGGUGGUUGGGUUAUUGAAAGACUAUUGAACCAGUUGCUUAUUGAGUUGGAUGGCGCAGAGCAUCGCCGAGGUGUUUUUGUGAUUGGCGCUACAAAUAGGCCUGAAGUGAUGGAUCGUGCCGUCCUACGGCCUGGUAGAUUUGGUAAACAUCUUUACGUCCCACUUCCAAACGCAGACCAGCGAGUUUUGAUAUUAAAAGCUCUUGCAAGGAAGAAGGCUGUUGAUGCUAGUGUAGAUUUGAGUGCCAUUGCAAGAAUGGAAGCUUGUGAAAAUUUAAGUGGCGCCGAUCUUGCUGCAUUGAUAAAUGAAGCAGCGAUGGCUGCUCUUGAAGAGACAGGUUGCGAUACAUCGAUGCCCAUCAAAAAAACCAUCAAGACUAAUCAUUUUCUGGUAGCAUUGAGUAAAAUUUCGGCAUCUGUGUCCGACAAGCAAAAGCAGCACUAUCACCAUUUGUCAGAGAACUUUAAAGCAGCAUGA